ACGUGCCCAAAACGGCAGGUUCAUUCUCACUCAACUUACCCAGAAUGAAGUUCGGUCAAACCAAAAGGUUCACAAAACGUGUAAUCUCCAGUACCAAGCAAGGGUCUCGAUGGGAGGAGUCAGCCACGUGCAUUUGAUUGGAUACGGUGACGCUCCAGGAGGGAAAGGAUAGGCAGAGGCAAAAUGAAUGGCUCCCGUUUCGUGUUAUUUUUAAACCUGAUCACGUGGAUAGCUGAACCGCCGACAGGACAGGCGGACGUCCAUUGAUGCUGCGCCAACAUGAAGCUGUCGAGAAACUGGUCGACAACUCAACCUAAACCUACGCAAGUUGACCAUGUCUCUCCGCAAAAGGUUCAUGUCUUUCCAGAAAUCUGGGCGGAAAAACCGGGCACUGACGCCUAGUACACCGAGUCCGGAGGAGCCCGACAAGACGGCAGUGACGGCACUGACCCCUAAUAUCACACCGGAUUUGGUGGAGGACAGGAAGUCACUGGGGUUAUUUGUUCUGGUAGAACCGCCGUCAUGGACAGUUGACGUGGUAGCUAUCCAUGGCCUAAACGGAGACUACCUGAAAAGCUGGACCCAUCGCGUGUCUGGGGCCAUGUGGCUAAAGGAGUUCCUCCCAUCCUCCUUUCCAAACGCCAGAGUCAUGAGCUUUGGCUGGGAUUCCCGCAUCACCGGGAACUCCUCAACGGCGACGUUGAAAGAGUGGGCCGACCAGCUUGCAGUUCAGCUCUCUUUAAGACGUCAGAGCGCUGAGUCACGCGGAAUCCCCAUCAUCAUCAUUGCCCAUAACGUUGGUGGGCUCAUGGCCAAGCGUAUGCUUCUCAACGCCUCCUUAACCCCACGCCGGAUCGAUAUAUUCAAUUCAGUUGCGGCUAUAGUGUUCUUAGGGACCCCGCAUCGCGGCUUUGGGUCACUUUCCACCUUUUUCGCGAUCUCAACGAUAGGAUCGAGAAAUAACACACUGCUGUCCGAACUGAAGGAAUCACAGUCUCAUCGCGAUCUUGACGAGCAGUUUUACAUGCUCCUUGACGGAACGCACUUGGAUGUUUACAGCUUCUAUGAGAUGCAAAAGACGGGGCUUGUUCCUCAGCUCGUCUCAAAGGACGAGGCGUUUCUGGGCCACCCGAGGGAGCGACUAUCUGGUCUUGCAUCCAAUCAUUCGGGACUAGCCAAAUUUGAUUCCAGGGAAGACUGGGGUUACAUACAGAUCGUUGCAGCUAUCGAUGAGGCGAUAGAUCACUACGCUCGCCGAAGUGCGUCACCGUUGCGAGCGCCUUCCCAGGAGCCAAGCAGCGAUCCCGCGCGUCUCGAAAGCUCAGGCCUAUUGGGUGUCGGGCCGGACUUCCCACCGACGCUCAGGUAUGCACAUCAGGUGCAAUCGAAUCCUCGCCCGCAGCGGGGGGAACUGCCGUCUCCCAUCAGGCGAGAGCCGGCUGCACGUUUUGUCUUUGAUACUCUUGCUACAUCAGAAGGAGUCGAAACUGGCAGUGUCUUUGCGGAAGAAUGGUUCGAUAAUCUCCGUGACAAGGUCCACCAAACUGUUGAAGAGAGACAUAAGGACAGUGACCCGCGUGUUAAGGUUGCCAUCCUCGACAGCGGCGUCGAUCGAUCCCAUCCAAUGCUGAAGGACUUCUUCGACAGAGGCCAAAUCACGGCGAAGAGCUUUAUUGAGGGGGAGCCUGGGACCAGGGACGUGUGCGGCCACGGGACACAUAUGGUCGACCUUAUCCUUCGGACCGCACCGAAUGCCCAUGUCUGUAUGGUAAAGGUGUUCUUGAGUGGACAGAGUACCGAGAUGGAUCGAAACCAGAACUUGAUAGCCGAGGCCAUCCGCCACGCGAUGGAUAUAGAGCAGGCCGACAUAAUCUCCAUGUCGUGGGGUUAUCAAAAGGAGAUUCCCAUCAUCACAAAAGCCAUCAGAGAAGCGUUCCAUCGAAACACGAUAAUCAUCGCCUCGGCGUCCAACAUGGGAUCACUGUCUAAGGAGUCCGUUGCAUUCCCCGCCAGCUUGAGGCAGGUCAUCUGCAUCAAUUCGACCGACGGAUACGGCAACCCGUCCGAAUUCAACCCCGCGCCAUCGCCGGACCGUGGCUUUGCUGUGAUUGGAGAGGGAUUACAAGUUGCUUGUCCGCUCAAGAUUGGCGACAUCUUGCGAGUCAUACGGGGCACUUCUGCUGCGGCGGCUAUCGCUUCCGGCCUUGCCACGUUAGUCCUUCAGUACUCGAGACAGCGGGCCAACGCCGGCAAGGCAGUCAAAGAACCGAGUCGGCUGAAGGACUGCGAUGCUAUGCGGAAGGUAUUUUACGGAAUGUCUAAUCAGCGCCUCGGAUACCAUGUGCUAGUCCCGGAUCUCAUAUUCCAUGAAACCGGCGAGGAACGGCAUUACCGUAUUAGCCAGCGGAUCUCUGCUAUGUUGGAUGCGUUGUAAAGAGAGACAGAUUUCUUGGGGUGGCAGGGGAAUUUAGGGCACGUUACAAUUCUUUCCGGUGUCAAAUG